AUAAUAUUUAAGCACUGUAGGAUACAAUACUUGGCUGUACUUUGAAAUGUGCCAGUUCUGUGGUGUUGAUCCCGCUUUCGCCGCUUUUUUCGAAAACACUCAAGGAGUUCCUCAAGACCCCUCUGUCAUCUCAACCCAACCUACACCUGCAAAACCCAAUUUUUUUCGACUCAAACCUAAAUUGUCCAAUAUGGCAUCCGAAUCGAAAGACCUCAAAGAAUCUCAACUAAGGAGUUUUCAGAAUUCACUUUCACAAAAUGCUCAGGUUAUAACAGAGACAGACGGGAAACUGUAUACCGAUGCUAUCAGAAGAUGGUCCAAAUGUGCGAUAAAGCCUGCUCUGGCCGUUAUCAAACCUGGAACCCCUGAGGAUGUUUCUAAAAUCAUCCUUCUUGCAAAGUCUCACAAGGUCCAUUUCACUGUAAAGUGUGGUGGCCAUUCUCCGGGAGGUGCUUCGAGCUCUGAUGGUGGCAUAGUAAUUGACCUGGGUCUCAUGAACUCAGUCACUGCCAAAGCAGACGAAAAAACCAUCAUCGCAGGUGGUGGAGCUCUUUGGAGGGACGUCAGCCGAGUUGCAGCGGAAUAUGGCCUAAGUUGCGUCAGUGGAUCGACUAGUCAUGUUGGCGUUGGUGGUCUCAUCCUUCACGGAGGAUAUGGGUAUCUAGCUGGAGAGUAUGGACUCGCUGUUGAUAAUCUUAUUGCAGCACAAAUUGUACUUGCUGAUGGAUCGAUUGUAUGGGCUAGUGAAGAAGAAAACUCAGACUUGUUCUUUGGUAUUCGUGGAGCUGGUAGCCGUCUUGGUGUGGCCAUCAAGUUUGUCAUACGAGCGCAUGAGCAACGUAAGAGUAUUUGGGGAGGACCACUGAGCUUCCCUGGAUUCCAAUACGAAUCCAUUAUCAACGCUCUGAACACUUGGUAUAAUCAGAAAGACCUCAAGGGAGCUGCUGAGCUUGUCCUUGGCAAAGGGGUUGGCGGUGUCGCUGGCAUAACCAUUAUGUGCUUUUACAACGGCACAGAAGAGGAAGCACUUACCAACUUUGCACCGUUACUUCAACUAAGACCUACUAUCAAUGCGACAGCAGAAAUGCCUUACUGGCGUAUCAAUACCUUGUCUGAAGGCAAGGAUGUCUACACUGACGAUAACAUCCGCUUUGCAUCAGGCAAUCUUACACCUCCUUUGGAUCCUCAGCACAUCAGAAAGCUAUUGGACUCGUUAGAUCAUUUGUAUGAGACGGUUCCCAGCGCAGCCAAAACUGGUUGCCUGACACUUUGCAUUCAACCUGAUGGCAUUCUCAAAAAGAAGCGAACCGAUAUGGCAUUCUGUUGGCGAGAUGCCAACUUUGAUGUUGGUAUUGGAGCCAAUUGGACAGACCCUGCAGCAGAGAGCAAGGUCAUCGAGUGGCAGAAGGAAUUUCAAAAGCUAGUAUCAACAGGAGGUGAUGACUACAGACUGUAUGGAAACCAUGAAGACUUCCGAGGUGGUGCCAGAGAAUUUGGCAUUAAUUAUCUGAAGAUUAUACAACUCAAGAAAAAAUAUGACCCAGAAAAUUUGUUCAGGCGUGUUUGAUACACCUAGCCUGAACUUGGACUUAGAUCACAUAUUAGAACAUUCGCCACCAGGUAGCAACUUAUAGAUAAUCCCAAGAGAAGCUAUAAAGUACAACAAGAAAACAAUUAUGUAAAGUUGUAAUUAAAAAGUGAUUGGUGCUUGUAAUACCC